UUUACUGAUGUGUGUCCGAUGUGUCUGAUGUGGAGCACACACAUUUCGGUAAAAAAAAUAUCAGUGUCAUAGUCAUUUGUAUGUUAAUAAUGUUAUACAUAUAUGUAUAUAUAUAACUAAUAAAUUAAAAGGAAUAAUAAAUAAUUAUAAAUGUUAAAAUAAAAAUUUUUGAAUUUAUUAAUAAUAAUAAAUAAAAUAAAUUGUUUAAAAAAUUGUUAUGUCAACCAGUUGGACUUGAAUAUUUGAAUUGCUGUUGAAAACGGUUGAAUAACCAACAAAAAUUUUUUGAAACUGUAGAAAUAUAAGUGAAGAAUAAUUGGCAAGUUGUUGCAAAAAUAAAUAAACAAAGUAAUGAUGCAGUUUUACAAAGAAAAAAUACUGUCACCUGGACAGUUAAAACGUUUAUCAGAACAUAAAUACAGCUGCUCAAGUUCUAGUUUAUUAGACAGUUAUCUCCAACCCUGGUGGGACUGGUUAGUUAGUAAAGUGCCCCUUUGGCUAGCACCCAAUCUUAUAACAAUUGUAGGACUUAUUAUAAAUAUUGCAACAACAUUAAUUCUUGUUUACUAUAGUCCUGAUGCCAAGGCUGAGCCACCAAGAUGGACAUGCUUUUUAUGUGCGCUGGGUUUAUUUAUUUAUCAAAGUCUUGAUUCGAUAGACGGCAAACAAGCAAGAAGAACUGGUUCUUCUUCACCUCUUGGAGAACUUUUUGAUCAUGGAUGUGAUUCUGUAUCUACUGUUUUUGUUGCAUUAUCAGCAUGUAUAGCAGUACAAUUAGGAAAUUAUCCAAGUUGGAUGUUUUUUCAAUGUUUUUGUGCAAUGACACUAUUUUAUUGUGCGCAUUGGCAAAGUUAUGUUUCAGGUUCGUUGAGAUUCGGAAAAAUAGAUGUUACUGAAGCUCAAUUCACAAUAAUAUCAAUUCACUUGACUUCUGCGAUAUUUGGUCCGAAAAUUUGGAUGACUGAGAUUCCCUAUUUAACUGGUAUACAAUUAAAAUAUUUAAUUGGUGGUGUAACAACCAUUUGUGCGUUACCAAGUUUUUAUUCAAUGUUUUCCGUUAUUUUUACGGGUGGAGUUGGGAAAAAUGGGUCAACUGUUGCUAUCCUCGGCAUUGGUACUAUGUCACAAUUGAUAUCAGGAAUUUUUUAUAGCGGAUUCUUGUUUAUCUUCAUUGAGUUUAUAAAAUCAUUUUCGUCCGGUGGGAUCGGCAAAAAUGGUUCAACAAUAGCAUUGCCACUGGUUGGCAUAGAGCUGAAGGUAGUUUCAUUAUGGUGCACUGUGGGAAUUGCUAUUUUACUUGCACAAAGCAGUUUAUCUAUUAUUCUGGGUGGUGGUGUUGGAAAAAAUGGUUCGACCGUCGCCGGAACAUCGGUAUUGUCGCCAAUUAUUCCCUUCAGUCUUGUCGUAGUACCUGCAUAUAUUAUUUAUCGUAAAAGUGCACAACAUGUUUAUGAAAACCAUCCAGCACUUUAUAUAUUAUCUUUUGGAAUGGUCGCUGCCAAAGUUACUAAUCGUUUAGUCGUUGCUCACAUGACAAAAAAUGAAAUGGAAUAUUUAGACACAGCAUUAAUUGGUCCCUGUAUGUUAUUCCUUAACCAAUAUUUCAAUUUCUUCUUUGAUGAAUAUUACGUACUGUGGCUAUGCUUCAUUUGGGUGACAUUUGAUUUUCUUAAAUACAGUUCACAAGUUUGUCUUGAAAUUUGUAAUCAUUUAAAAAUAAUGCUCUUCAGAAUACCAUAUUCAAACGAACAAUUAAAUCUUGAUAAAAAUGGUACCACACGAUUACAACGUUCUAAAUCAACAAAAAAGUAUCAUUAAUAUAUAAAGUUGAAUUAAUAAUAAUUAUAAAAUACAAUAUAAUAACAAAAAAAAACUAGCAGGGAAGAUAAUUAUUAAGAAAUUAAAUACUGAUUAAAUAAAAUAAGAAAAAGAUGAGAGAUCUGUGAUCGUACGUAACUGGUGCGUUUCUAUAUUAAAAAAAAAAAGUAAUAAUUAAUAUAAUGAAAAAAUCAAAUCAUUUAUAUGAGUCAGUAAUUAUUUUGGAUUAAAUAAACAGUUUUAUACUUGUACGGAUACUCAUAAGUUUUUUGAACUAGGAAUAAAAAUAGUCAUAUAGACUAUUAUUAUUAUUAAUUAUUUAUUUACAUAACUCAAUUUGAUUGAAUGAAAUUUUUAAAUUACAGAUAUUUCAUUGUUAGAUUUAAAUUAUUAAUAUUAUUUAAUUAAUUUUUAAUUAUUUAUAGAACUUUACAAUUUUUAUUUUUCAUUAUUUUUUUUUUUCUUUCAACUGCACAAGCGUAUGAAUUUAUUUUUCG